AUGGUUACUAUAACAACUGCAGAAAAAAAAACACAAUCAAUCGAACAAGCAACUCAUGCUCAUAAUAAUGAACAACCGCAAACGUCUGCUGUCACUCAUCAUUAUCAAACUAUUGACGAUUCCAAACAAAUUGCAUUUAGUGACGAUGAUUUCAGUACUAGUGAUAGUGAUGGAGAGUAUAAUUAUAAUCAUCAUCGACAUCCUCAUCACAAUGAAGCAAUAUGGCCUCAAGCAGUUCACAAACGUUAUUCACACACGAAAUCUCGUACUGGCAAUCCGUCUGUUCAUGGUGGUGAGCCUCGUACAUGGGCUAUACCGUAUCGAUUUGGAAAACGAUCGGCUAUGCCUUAUCGAUUUGGUAAACGUGCAGCAGCCAUGCAUUUCCGACUUGGAAAGAAAAGCGCAUCUUUAUAA